AUGGAAAUCUGUGCUAAUGGUGAAGUUCCAAUGUCUAAGGGAGAUAAACUAACCAAGAAUCAGUGUCCUAAAAUGGAUAUUGAGAAAACUGAGAUGGAGUCAAUACCACAUGCUAGGCUGGUAGGGAGUUUGAUGUAUGCACAAGUCUGUACAAGGCCAGACUUGUCUUUUGCAGUUGGAAUGUUAUCCAGGUUUCAGUCAAAUCUUGGACAUGAGCAUUGGACAGCUGGUAAGAAGGUUCGAAGAUACCUGCAAAGGACCAAAUACCAUAUGCUUGUGUAUAAACGUGUGAAAAAGCUAGAAUUAGUUGGCUUUACAGAUUCAGAUUUUGCUGGGAAUUAUCCCACGUCUAUGAAGUCAACCUGUGGCAAUGUUUAUAUGCUAGCAGGUGGUGCAGUAGCUUGGAAAACAAUGAAACAGUCAUUGAUAGCUACUUCCACCAUGUAG